AUGCGUCUUACCUUCGCAGUAGCUUGCCUGCUCGAGGCUUGCUUCGCCGUGUCGACCGUCAAUCGCAAAGCAUGCCAGCAACCCACCACGAAUCCUCUGGACGGCUGCCCGAAGAACACACUUUUGGUCGGCCCUGGUCAGACAUAUAAGACCGUUCAGUCUGCGAUUCUCAGCCUGCCAAACAACACGGAUGCUUCGCAUAUCCUUGUUCUGCCUGGAAAUUACACGGAACAGGUCAACGUCACUCGUCCUGGUCCUGUAUACCUGUUUGGUCAGACCAAGUACCCGAACGAUCAGAGCAAAAACACGGUCAACGUCAUUUGGAGCAACGCUACUGGCAGUGGCAUUACUCCUAACGUCGAUAAUGCGUACACAUCCACACUCACGGUAGCGCCCACUUUCAACUCUAGUAUUACUGGAAGUGGCCCUACCGGUAACCCCGUGCCUGCAGACACCCCGUUCGGCAAUUCUGACUUCCGAGCGUACAACCUGAACUUUGUCAAUGACUACAGACCCUACUCUGCUGGACCAUCUCUUGCCGUUUCGGUGAGCUAUGCGAACGCAGGCUUCUACUUCUGCGGAUUCUACUCGUACCAGGACACAGUCUAUGUUGGAAAACUUGGCAAUGCGUACUUCUACCAGAACGAGAUCGCAGGUCAAACCGACUUCUUCUACGGUUUCGGUACUGCGUGGAUCCAGUCCAGCCUUGUAACACUGCGUAACUGCAAUGGAGGUAUCACAGCCUGGAAAGGCACCAACACAACAUUCGUGAACAAAUAUGGCGUCUACAUUCAUGACUCGAAAGUCCAGAAGGCAAACUCGUCUCUUGAGUUGACUGGAAAAUGCGCUCUCGGCCGACCUUGGAACGCUCUACAUCGCUCCAUUUUUGCCAACACGUACCUUGACGACUCAAUCCAGCCUGCUGGAUACAUUAAGUGGAGCGCCUCGGACCCUCGCGUGGCUGCCAACACAACAAUGGCUGAAUACAAGGACUACGGCCCCGGCUUUAAUGCUACAGGCAGGGCUGCGAGUAACAUCACCAUUGUCAUGACCGACAAACAGUACGAGCCUUACUCGGCAGUUGACAAGGUUUUCCAAUAUCCUUUCACUGGCAAGUUUGGAAACACUGCAUGGAUCGAUAGUGACCCAGAGAGGUGA